CAUGGCGCUUCAAGCUCGAGCCCUGGUCACCUCUAAGUGGCUCGCGGAGGCUGUGCAGGUCCAGAGGAAAAUGCGCAUCUUGGACACCUCCUGGUAUUUGCCCAAGCUGCGACGGAACGCCAAAAGCGAGUUCAAGCAGAAGCACAUCCCGGGCGCAGCGUUCUUUGACAUAGAUCAGUGCUGCGACAAGACGUCUCCCCUGGACCACAUGCUGCCGUCCGAGACCGGCUUCUCGGAUUACGUGGGGGACUUGGGGAUCGAGAACGACACGCACGUCGUGGUGUACGACUGCAGCGAGUUCGGUGAGUUCGCGGCGCCUCGGGUCUGGUGGAUGUUCCGCGUGUUCGGCCACAGCUCGGUGUCUCUGCUCAACGGGGGGUUCAGGAACUGGGAGCUGGAGGGUCGACCSGUGGGUCACCAGUCCAAGAGACCCGCUCCGACCGAGUAUAAGGCCACUCUGAACCGCUCGUGGGUGAAAACCUACGAGGACAUGCUGGACAACCUGGACACCAAGAGGUUCCAGGUGGUGGACGCCAGACCCUCGGGCAGGUUCAGAGGACUGGACCCUGAACCAAGAGACAACACGGAGCCAGGCCACAUCCCCGGCUCCAUCAACAUCCCCUUCCACUCCCUCCUGUCUCCUACAGGUCACUUCCUGCCUAAAGACAAACUCCAGGACCUGUUUGUCCGGGCAGGCGUGGACCCUAGUCGUCCCAUGUGCGUCCUGUGUGGUUCUGCUGUGACUGCGUGCCACGUGGCGCUGGCCGCCCACGAGUGCGGCCACCAGGAGGUGUCCGUGUACGAUGGCUCGUGGUCGGAGUGGUACACCCGUGCCGUGCCCGAACACGUCAUAUCUGAAGGCAGAGGGAAACACGUGUGACUGAUGAUGUGAGACCGUCAGGCUGAGACCGGACCACUGGAAUCUGGAUCUGGGGACCUUCAGGUUUCAUGUUGUGAUUUAACAUUCAGCUGAGUUUAAAGAGAGAAAUAAAAACAACUUUGACAAUACUCUUUUAAAAUAAUAAAAAAGACCUUCAGCCACUCUGAAACAGUUUUGUUUAACCCAGAAACAGAAAUGUAAAGCAACAAGUUAAAAAAAAAAACACAUUUUCUACCUUUCUACAACUGGGUACAUGAGCUCAGAGGACCAUUAUUUUUAUUCAGCUCACACCAACAAAUAUACUCAACAUUUUCCAGAAUGUAGUGUUUUUUAUGUAUAUCAAAAAGAAUAAUAUAGAUUUGUGAAGAUGUGUUACGUGAGGUUAUCAGUAGUCAGUAUCUUACCUGUAGUGAUCACUCUCAGUUUGGAGGAUCAGCUAAUCUGAGGAAGUUUAAGCAGAUUUCUCCUGUUUUAAAAGAACUUGUAAAAUGUCAUAGUGAUUUAUUCAAACAAUAUUUUACUAAAGUUGCAAAAAAAUUUUUUACAUAUCUGAAUACAGAUAUGAACUCCACAAAACACUAGUUUAAAAAAGAUUUGACUUCAUCUGAAUACUAAACAGAAAGAAAAUGUGUUUGUUUACAGCUUUCUUGUUUAUUUUGAGAAUACAGUAGAGAUUUGUUUUCACUGAGUCAGAAGUGCAAACGUGUUCUUCAUUAAAGUGUGCAAUACUUUAA